AUGGCUAAGACAUACGAUUAUUUGUUUAAACUGUUGCUGAUAGGAGACAGCGGAGUUGGAAAGACGUGUUUGCUGUUCCGCUUCAGCGAGGACGCGUUCAACACCACCUUCAUUUCUACUAUCGGAAUAGACUUCAAAAUAAGGACUAUCGAGUUAAAUGGAAAGAAAAUCAAACUCCAGAUAUGGGACACAGCAGGACAGGAGAGGUUUAGGACCAUCACCACAGCGUACUACAGAGGAGCAAUGGGUAUUAUGUUAGUGUACGAUAUCACUAGUGAAAAGUCCUUUGAAAACAUCAAGAACUGGAUUCGCAAUAUUGAAGAGCAUGCAUCAUCAGAUGUAGAGAGGAUGAUCCUGGGAAACAAAUGUGACAUGAAUGAAAAGAGACAGGUAUCCAAGGAGCGAGGAGAGAAGCUGGCAAUAGACUAUGGGAUCAAGUUUUUAGAAACCAGCGCAAAAACCAGCAUGAAUGUAGAAGAGGCAUUUUUCACCCUGGCCAGAGACAUCAUGUCUAGACUCAACAGAAAAAUGAAUGACGGCAGUAACGGCGAGAGUGGAGCACCCAUUAAAAUAACAGAGAAACGUUCAAAGAAGCACAGCUUAUUCAGAUGCACGCUGAUAUGACGGACUACAAUGAAUGGACUGCAUUUAUAGACUUGAUCUUUCUCGCUGCAGAAUCAGCUGGUGUGAGAAGUCAUGUGAGCUAUGACUGAGAGCUGCUCACGUCCUUCAUUAUGGCACACAGACACCUGUUAAUACAGCUGCACAGGCAAGUUGAAAAUACGAAUACUGGAGGGAAAUCAACCGUAUUGAUUUCUUUGAUAUGAACACAUUAUACUUUGACUGCCAUUAUAGAUUUAGUUUAAAAUAUAAAGGUCAAAAUUAAUUUUAUAAUGCUCUUAUUCAUGUUUUUAAGGGUUUAUAAGUGUAGUCUAGCAGACAGUGUUGCACUGCCAAUGAAACCUUAUGUAUAUAGUCUCUAAAAAGAACACCUCAAAAGACCUAUAUGAAGGUAACUUUAGAAUUAACCAAUAUUUCUUAUUUUGUAAAUGUCUCUAGAUGUUUCCCACAGGCACAUAACUUAU